AUGUGGAAAAUUUUAAAACCAUAUGUUGGCGAAUGGAGUUUAACAACAUCAAAACUAUCUCAAUCAAUUAAUCUUAAUGUUCAAAUUCAAGGUAAAUCAAGUGUUGUAUGUUCGUCUAGCUUGCAAAAAGACAUGGAAGCAAAUGUAGAUAGUUAUGGUUAUACAGAAUUAACAACAGAACCUCUAAUUGAUUCUGAUUUACUUAUUUUGACGACAUGCGAAAAUGUCAACUUUACUUAUGCUAAUAUUUCUCUUAUCAAUCAAUUUGGUCAAGUUAUUGAAAGUUAUGCACCAUUGAAAUUGGAUCAACUUGAAAUAUUAACAAAAAUUCGUGUUCCUCAACAAGCAUUUCGAAUUCAAACAAUGCUUCAAUUAUCCAAUGGUAUUCGAAUUCAACGCAUUGAAAAACAAAUCAUUUCACCAACAAUGUUUACUAUUGAAUUAACCAAUCAACCGUAUAUAUUAUCAAUUGGUGAGACAAUUCAAAUGAAUUAUACUCUAAAAAGUUCAUUAUCUGAACAAGUUUAUAUACGUUUACAAAUAAGAGAUACAUUGAAUUUAAUUAGUUCUAAUGGUAUUGAAAAAAAUUUAACAUUUACUAAUGAAAUAUCUCAAAUGGAUUUAUUUACAUUACCAAGAAAUUUUCAAGAAAAAUCAAUAAACAAUAUGAUCAUAUUUACUUUGUCAACAUAUAAUAAUAAAACAGAUAAAUUUUCAUAUGAAAAUGAUGAUAUAGCACUUGUUUAUUUCGAAUUAAAUUCAUCUUCAAUGUCAAGAACAACUACUUAUGUUAUUUUUUUCUUCUAUCUGUUCUCUUUUUUUUAUGAAAUUUACUUGUAA